AUGUUCUCGUUCUUUUAUGGAAUUGUUGCUGUUUUUCUGUUGUUUUUUGGCAAUGUUCAACUCGAAGUUGUUGAGGAUUCGACAACUACUCGGACAACAGCUACAACUGUACAUCAAGUAAAAAGUGCAACUGUUGGAACUGGACAGUUAAUGUCUGGACAGAAAGUAAAGUGUUUGGGACAGAAAACACAUUUUUUAUUAAAAAUAGAUUGGGACGGUGAGAGGAUCUUGGUUCUCCUUUUGGGAAUCAAAACAAAAUUUACUAAUCACAAAAUACAUAUUUGGACGUUUGAAUAA